AUGUUCUCCAAGAUAUCUCAGAUAGGCAAGAAUCUAUCGGAGGAGAUAUCGAGGAUAAACGAUGAGGUCAACUCAGAUCAACCUCCUACCAGGUCCGCCUCAAUGCUGAUCAAGGGUGCGGGCCAGCAAUGGAACUCCAAAUUUGGAAAACCUGAAGACGAGCCAGCAGCCAACUCUAGGGCUAUUUUGGCAACUGUAACGCCGAAUGCCGAGGACUUGACUCAACCUACGGAUGAAGAAGCUUCUGACUCGCUCACUUCCGAUCCACCAACGUUAUCACCAACCCCUGUAAAAGCACAGGGGCAACUGGAAAGUGCUGUUUUGAAGAGUCCGGAUACUCCAACACCGGUUACUUCGGCCUCUGGAUCAACGCCCCAGCCCCGCGAGUCUACCCCCACAGAGAAGAACCUUUUGUACAUUCCCAACACCACAAUACGAUACUCGGAAUUGCAGCCCGAAUUGAGGUCUAGAAUGCGCAAAUUCGUGAAAUACGAGGAAAAGUACCCCAUUUUGUUGGAAUCGUACCGAACAGAGAAAAAGAAAUCCAUGUUGAUCGACCAUUUCGAAAAAGCGAUGAAGGAUUUGACACCUGUGUCCAGCAUUGGCGAGGUGGAUGGCUUCAGAAGUUUUAUUGAUGGCCUUAUCUCGCGUUCGGAGCUUUUGAACAAGGAAUUGGUGAAAGUAUCCACGGAAUCGAAACGUGAGGUGAAGUCAUUGCAAGAAAAGGUGAAAGCACUCGAGGAAGCUGCUGCUGCCGUUGGACCAGUGGAAGACACUGCCAAAGUUGAAGAGUUGACAGAGAAGCUGGAAUUGGCUCAAAAGGAGCUGGAAUCCGCUAAAACUCUACAAUCUUCGACCCAAACCGAUCUUACAAGCCUCAAGACUCAGAUUUCUGACUACGAGUCUAGAUUGGAGACUGCAAAACAGACCACUAAUGACCUGAACUUGAAGAUCGAGCAGAUCACUGAUUUGCAUUCUGUUGAGGUGGAAAAUUUGCAAAAGUCUCAGAAGUCAAAGGAUAAACUAAUUCAACUGUUCAAGGACAAGUUGUCUAAGGCUGAACAGAGUUCCGAAUCGGGAGAAACGCGUGAAGCCGAUCUGGCUGACUCAAUUGAACUCAAACACGAGUGCGAUAGGCUAACUGCCGACAAUGCUUCUCAGCUGCUAAAACUAACUGAAAUUCAAGACUCCUACCGCAAGUCCAAGGUUGAUCUCCAGUCCAAAUCAGAGGAGGUUGACAACUUGAAGGAUAUGCUUAGGGACAUAGGAGAUGAUUUGGUAACCACUCGGAACGAAUUGAAGACAUUGAAGGAGAUGCCGGUGCAGGAUUCCCAGGUGGAUGUCUUGAAAUCAGAGCUGGAGACGCUUCGAAUCCAGCAUUCCGCCUCGGUCACGAAUUACGAGAAAUCGUUGCGUACUGCGAAAGAGGCCAAAAUGAAGUUGGAGUUCAAGCUUGCGGAUCUAGAGAAACAGUUGAGACUCAAAGAGAAAGAUCUCUCAGACACACGUGGUGAUCUGGCCACCAGAACGAAGAACCUGGAGACCAUAACCAAAGACUUCAAAAAGCUUAAGAGCGAUUCCGACAAGCGUUUCAAAGACGUAGAGAUACUGAGGCAAGAAAAGACUCUCUUGGAAAAGAGAGUUGCUGAACUCUCUGACUUCAAAAGCAAGGAUGUGAACCUCAAGUUGGAUCUAUCCUCAGCAAAAUCCUCGUUGAGCUUGAAGGAGAAGCAGUUGGCCGAGGCCGAAUCGAAAGCAAGGUAUCUCGAGAAGGAGAAGGAAUCACUCAACGAUAAACUGAUAGAGAUCCGUGUGAAUAUUUCCGAGUUGACAUCGACAAACAAGUCGUUGAUGGAGACCAAGAAUGAGGCAGUCACCAAGAAUGAAAAUCUCAGGCAAACCUACAACGAGUUGUUGCUGAAAUUUAACAAACUUGGCACUGAGAACAACAUAUUGGUGAAAAAUAUCGAGGAAUUAAAAGACAGAUAUAGCAAUGUGGUCGAUGCUAAAUACGAUUCUGGAGAGCAACUGGACUCCUUGAAAAAGAGAUGCGAAGAAUUGUCGAUGAGGGCAAGAGAAGCGGAAAUUCGCGUCAAUAUUCUCGAAGAAGAGCUCGCUGACUCUAGGACAAUGCUACAGGAACGUACGCGCGAAACCGGCACAAUAAGGAAGCUAUUGACCGAUUCUGAGAAUUCCACCAAUAACAAGAUCAGAGACCUGAAUUUGAAGUUGGAGACGAUCUUAGAAGAGAAAGAGAGAAUCCAAAGUGAAGCUGCUCAAAGUCUAAGAAGAAAACAGAGAGAGGUGGAUGAUCUCAGGCUGAAGACAAAUGAUAUUCAGGAAACUGUCCAUUCAUUGCAGGAUGAGAACGAAAACUUGUCCAAGAAGUUGAACAAGCUCGUGGUUGAGAAGUCGCGUAAUUCUGCAAAUCAAUCUGAGGAAGAAAACGGUGGAUUGUCUCACAUAAUCGAGAACCUGCGUGAUGCUUUGCGUGUCUCAGAACAAAGGUCCAUAGAGUACGAGAAUCUCAACACGAUCCUCAAGAAGGUCAAUGACGAAACGUCACUCAAGCUUGAGAGAAUGAACAAAAAUUACAAGAUAUUAUCCCAACAGCUUCGCACCUUGAAGGAGAGAAAGGCAAGCAUCACCAACUCGCAGGACUCGAAGGAGAAUUCGCCAGUGAUGAGCAGACAAAAUAGUCUGACUGCGCUCACCGCCAAAAAUGCGAAUGGAGAAUCCGAAACAGUCAAGGAGAGGACCGAGUAUAUCAGAAACGUGCUAUUGGGGUUCCUUGAACAUAGAGAGCAACGUCAACAACUUUUACCGGUCGUGAAGACGUUACUGGAAUUAGACGGGGAAGACGAAGAUAGGUUUCUGACUGCUCUAUCAAAAUAG